AAAAGAGACGGGAUGGUAUAAGAGAACCCCCUGCAAGUCCGCAACCGAGAAAUUGGAGCCACUGUGAUUGGUUCAAUAAAGGACCUCUCCUCUCAGAAGCCUCCCCUCGCCACGCAGUCGAACCGAGAGAGGAGAGAGCCGCUCCGUUCCUUCCUCACCACAGCUAUGCCGGAACUCACGAAGCUCUACUCGAUGCAGGAAGCUUCCGAGCACACCUCGAAGGAAGAUUGUUGGAUCGUCAUUGAUGGAAAGGUCUAUGAUGUAAGUUCGUACUUAGAUGAUCACCCAGGAGGAGAUGAAGUCAUCCUUCAAGCAACAGGGAAAGAUGCGACAGAUGAUUUUGAAGACGUGGGGCACAGCCAAGAUGCGAGGGACCAGCUGAAAACCUUCUGCAUUGGGGAGCUAGACUCAUCGACUGCACCGCCAGCCAUCCCAGAGCUCAAAAUUGUCUCCAAAGGCCAGACUUCAUCAGACACUGUGAAGAGGCUCAAGGACUUGAUGAAACAGUACUGGGUUGCACCUGUAGCAGUAGUUGGCAUCUCUAUUGUGGUUGGCCGCAUCUUGUACUUGCGUAAGAAUUAGAGAGGGGAAUUCAAGCUUAUCCAUCAAAUAUCAUGUCCCUAUCACUUUCUUAGAUUGUUAUCGCAGCAAAAAAUUUGGAAUAGUACAGCACAAUGAUUAUUUGGAAAGUGGCUCAUCCUAACCAUUUCCUGCAGUUUUACAUUGUUUUUUACUCGAUUCUCCCGCAAGUGAAUCAUAUGAAUGAGUGAUAUGAGGAGCUUUAACAAUGGUUCUGAUGGAUCGUAUGAUGUCUGUUUACCGAAUCUCUUUUAUUUGCGAGGUAUAGAAAAGGAACUAGCUAAAAUUUUCUCUGCGGUGGAGAGUCGUAUUAUUUCUCCUGCCGACGCGUGGAGUGUUAUGUUGAGUGCAGCCGUCGGUCAGCCUGUUGUUACUGGAUUUGUGGCCGGUGUCCCUGUCUCCUUUAGCCCGUUUAGCUACUCUGAGUUUCCUCGGAACCUUCGAUCGGAGAGUCUUUGUUGAGGUAGGCGAACAAUUUGUUUCUUUUAAAGGAGCGUGAAUCAUGGCGGAGGAAAUCGAUGCCUACUAAAUAUGUGGUGGUAGACAAUUCGACUAUUGUGCUAAGGCCGAAAAGUGUGAGGAUGUACUCACACGGCCCAGAUUCACCCACGUGAGCGGAGCUGGGAAAGUAAGGCUGGGAUUGCUUGGUUUGGGGUGGGCUCGUGCAAGAGAGAGGAGUGCGGGAAAGUGAGCCGGCUCAGCGGCUUCGGCGGAGGGAGGCGGGGCCUGCCAGGUCAGCGAUGCGGGACCACCAGGUGAGAAUUCAAAAUUUCUCUCCCUCCUCACUCCAACCGUCUUGUCACCUCUUCUUUCUUUCACUUCUCUCUUUGCCUCUUUGCCUUACUCUCCUCUUUUCUUCUUUCUUUUAUUUUAUUUUUUCGUUCUUCUUUCUCUCUUGGCUUCCCGACCAAAGAAAACGCCACCCCACAACUUCAGCCGCCUCCGACGAAGCAAGCGCAAGCCUCCUCCAACGAAUAUUAAAGCCCCCGACGAAGAAAGCGUAAGCCCACGAAGAAGAAAGCGUAAACCUCCGACGAAGAGAAGUUGCGACUGCGAGGAAAAAAGAAGGCACUGCAGUUUCUCCUCGUUCUUUUGGGUUUGUGUUUUCCAUUUCAUUACUUUUGUCCUCCUUAGGUGCCUCGUCAAUCUUAUCCUUUUUACGGUUUUGUGAAUAUGAGUUGUGGGGUUUUAGGGUUUGGGGAACGAUUUGGGGUUUUAGGGUUUCCGGAACAUGAUUUUGGGGGGACGAUUUGCGUGUUAGGGUUUUGGGAAUACGAUUUUGGGGGGACGAUUUGGUGGUUUAGGGUUUCGGGAAUACGAUUUUGGGGGACGAUUUGAGGGUUAAGGGUGUCGGGAAUACGGUUUCGGGGCGACAAUUUGGGGGUUUCGGGAAUACGGUGUUGGGGGGACGAUUUGGGAGUUUAGGGUUUUGGGAAUUCGAUUUUGGGGGAUGAUUUGGGAGUUUAUGGUUUUGGGAAUACGAUUUUGGGGCGGGACAAUUUGGGAGUUUAUGGUUUCGGGAAUAUGACUGGUUUCAUUUUAAACAUUGGUUAUUUGCUUUGUGAAUAUAACUUGAUGCAUGUUGAAUAUUACUGCGGGUAUUUGAGAAAGCAACUGGUUUUGUUUUGAAUAUUGGUUAUCUGCUUUGUGAAUAUUACUUGAUGCAUGUUGAAUAUAACGUUGCUUUUUUG